CUUUGUUCAAGUGAUUAGGUUUUUAUCUUAGUGUGUGUGUGUGUGUGUGUGUGUGUGUGUGUGUGUGUGUGUGUGUGGUGUGUGUGUGUGUGUGUGUGUGUGUGUGUGUUUUUUUGUUUGUUUGUUUGUGUGCAUGCCAAGGCACUGCCAUGGCAGUGGAUGUCUGCCUGGGUAUUCCGUCCUGUAGUACUCGACCCUCAUACAAGCAGUGGAGUCCCCUACCGCUACAUGGAGUCAGUCAGGACCCCCCGGGCGAAUUACACGUUGGUCGGGGAGGUGAUACGUCAUGUCAUACCUGGAGCCACACAGUGCUCCAUAGGGUGUGGAGGUCUGAACUGCAAGUAUGAGGACCCUGACCGCUGGAGCGAGGACAAGCAAGCCAUCAAAGGCCUCUAUUCCUCCUGGGUCACAGAGAACCUACUUGCCAUGGCCAGGCCCUCUACUGCAUUAAUAGAAAAGUACAACAUCAUUGACCAAUUUAAAAGAUGUGGCCUAAAGACGGUGAUAAACCUGCAGAGACCAGGGGAACACGCCAGCUGUGGUCCCAACACACUGGAACCAGAGAGUGGAUUCUCCUACCGACCUGAGGUGUUCAUGGAGAAUGACAUAUAUUUCUAUAACUUUGGAUGGAAUGACUAUGGGGUGGCCUCCCUCACAUCCAUCCUGGACAUGGUGAAAGUCAUGUCCUUUGCGAUGCAGGAGGGGAAGAUGUCUGUCCACUGUCAUGCUGGUCUGGGAAGAACAGGUGUGUUGUUAGCGUGUUACCUGGUCUUCGCCACGAGGAUGACCGCUGACCAGGCCAUCGUGUUUGUACGUUCUAAACGUCCCAACUCCAUCCAGACCAGAGGUCAGCUGUAUUGCGUGCGGGAGUUUGCCCAGUUCCUGGUCCCCAUCAGGAGUAUUUUCUCCUGCGCUGAGCCCAGUACUAACCCAGUCACCCUGUCCCAGUUCCUGACCCGCCAGAGACACAUGCUGCACGGCUAUGAGCGACGGGAGCUCAGGCACCUGCCCAAGAUCAUCCAUGUGAUCUGCAAGCUGCUGCUGGACAUCGCUGAGCACCGUCAGGUAAUCGAGGAGGACAUGCUGGACAUCCAUGACAUGACCGCCGAGGAGGAGGUGGAGUUUGAGCGCUACUACGACUUUGGCUUCACCAAGGGUAGCUUCGGCGGAGGCAGCAUGGGGGACCGGCCCCGAUUACCGGGACCCCCAACCAAACACCGACACGCCAACGAACCGGCCCUCUUCUACCACCGCAAGAGUCUGAGCUACAGCGAGUCGGACGUACAGAGGCUAGGCUCUGAACUCCACCUGCUGACCCAACCUCUCUCCAGCUUUCUACCCGCUAGCAACUUGCCUGUGGCCUGUUCUCCCUCCCUGAACUCCCUGCAUAGAACCCUGGCCACGGUCAGCCCCGUCACCACCACGUACAGCUCCCAAAAUGGAUUCUUUCCCCAUGGGUCCCUCUGGGAGCAGAAGAGCCUGGCGGAGGGAUCCCCACUCCUAAAGAAGAGGCAGAAAGCCUGCCAGAGCAGCGAGUCUGAGUGCCACCCUAAGCAGAAAACGUUUGGCAGCAUGUUGUUUAGGUGGAGGGAGAAGUUAGCGAACAAUGGGAAUGUGUCCCAGGUGUUUCAGAUAGAGGAGUCAGAGGUGCCCUUCAUCACCAUCCAGACAGAGCUGUCCAAGGAGGCCAGGCGGGUGCUGGUGGCCCAGGCCCUGGCGGUGGAUCUGGAGCUGGAUGGAGAGGACGAACACUUGGAGAGACUCCACGCCUGGCAGUCUGGGUUAAACAUGGGAGGGGCGUGGGAGAGGCUGUGUACAUUGGAGAAGGACCCAUUUGUGCUCUCUGGGCUGAUGUGGACCUGGCUGGAGCAGCUGAAGGAGCCAGUCCUCUCCGUCAGAGAUGUACAGAAACUGGACCUUAACGACAGUGACCCUGCAAACCCUGAGGCUGUCUUCAAACCACUGGACCAGGCUCCCAGGGAGAUGUUGAUGUGCAUUCUGGACUGUAUGGCUCAUGUUCUCACAAUACCAGAAGAGGUGGAGGCUGCUUUCCUGGAGCGCACCAUCAAGGCUUUCACCAAGAUGGGAAAAUGCUCAGCGGUGUAUCCGGCCAUGACAGAGAUCCUCAGACUGGUCCUACAUGACAUGAGGUUUAUAGCCAUAGAGGAGGAUGAGGUACCAUUUAUGCCUCCCGGCCCUAUUAUGCUGACUCCAUAGCACUGCUGCAUUCUGUUCCAGACUGUCCCUAUGUAGAGACUUGUUAUAUAUUAAACAGCCAUAUACAGUGGCAAGAAAAAGUAUGUGAACCCUUUGGAAUUACCUGGACUUCUGCAUCAAUUGGUCAUAAAAUUUGAUCUGAUCUUCAUCUAGGUCACAACAAUAGACAAAUAUAUUCUGCUUAAACUAAUAACACACAAACAAUUAUACUUUUUCAUGUCUUUAUUGAACACCGUGUAAACAUUCGCAGUGCAGGGUGGGAAAAGUAUGUGAACCCUUGGAUUUAAUAACUGGUUGACCCUCCUUUGGCAGCAUAACCUCAAGCAAAUGUUUUCUGUAGUUGCGGAUCAGACCUGCACAACGGUCAGGAGGAGAAUUUGAACUAUUCCUCUUUUACAAAACUGUUUCAGUUCAGCAAUAUUCUUGGGAUGUCUGGUCUGAACUGCUCUCUUGAGGUUAUGCCACAGCAUCUCAAUCUUCUGUUGAAGUCAUUCUGUUGUUGAUUUACUUCUGUGUUUUACGUCGUUGUCCUGUUGCAUCACCCAACUUCUGUUGAGCUUCAAUUGGCAGACAGAUAGCCUUACAUUCUCCUGCAGAAUGUUUGCUAAACUUGGGAAUACAUUUCUGUCGAUGAUAGCAAGCUGUCCAGGCCCUGAGGCAGCCAAGCAGCUCCAAACCAUGAUGCUCCCUCCACCAUACAUUAUAGUUGGGAUGAGGUUUUGAUGUUGGUGUGCUGUGUCUUUUUUUCUCCACACAUAGUGUUGUGUGUUCCUUACAAACAACUCACUUUAGUUUCAUCAGUCCACAGAAUAUUUUGCCAGUAGCUCUGUGGAACAUCCAGAUGCUCUUUUGCGAACUUCAGACGUGCAGCAAUGUUUUUUGGGGGGACAUUAGUGGCUUCUUCCGUGGUGUCCUCCCAUGAACACCAUUCUUGUUUAGUGUUUUACGUAUUGUAGACUCGUCAACAGAGAUGUUAGCAUGUUCCAGAUAUUUUUGUAAGUCUUUAGCUGACACUCUAGGAUUCUUCUUAACAUUCUGCGCUGUGCUCUUGCAGUCAUCUUUGCACUCCUAGGGAAAGUAGCAACAGUGCUGAACUUUCUCCAUUUACAGAUAAUUUGUCUUACCGUGGACUGAUGAACAUCAUAAUAUAUGCCAUUUAGCUGACGCUUUUAUCCAAAGCGACUUACAGUCAUGUGUGCAUACAUUCUACGUAUGGGUGGUCCCGGGAAUCGAACCCACUACCCUGGCGUUACAAGCGCCAUGCUCUACCAACUGAGCCACAGAAGGACCACGGCUUUUAGAGAUUCUUUUGUCAAGUCAACAAUUCUUAAUAUUAGGUCUUCUGAGAUCUCUUUUGUUCGAGGCAUGGUUCACAUCAGACAAUGCGUCUUGUGAGUAGCAAACUUAAAUUUUGCAAGUGUUUUUAUAGGGCAAGGCAGCUCUAACCAACAUCUCCAAUCUCGUCUCAUUGAUUGGACUCCUGACUCCAAAUAGCUUUUGGAGAAGUCAUUAGCCUAGGGGUUCACAUACUUUUUCCAACCUAGACUGUGAAUGUUUAAAUGAUGUAUUCAAUAUAAUUUGUGUGUUAUUAGUUUAAGCAGACUGUGUUUGUCUGUUGUGACUUAGAUGAAAAUCGGAUCUAAUUUUAUGACCAAUUUAUUCAUCCAGAUAAUCCCAAAGGGUUCAUACUUUUUCUUGCCACUGUAUGUUGUGCCUUCCUGUGCAGUUUGGGUUGUUUUUAAUCCACAGUUUGUUAUUUUGUCAUCACAUAUUGUACUUUUAAGUGUAUUGUAUUUAAAUCUGACUUGUUUACUUCAAUAUUGUACAGUUACAAUGCAGACCCAAGGAAAUGCAGUUUAUUUCAGAGUUUACAAUUAAAGUGUCAGUUUGGUUUUGUUAAUUAAGCAGAUCAAGGCGGAGUAUUUGUUACAGUAUAUGCCUUAAAGAGUUGUAGUUACAUUGAACAUGUAACAUCCAACACAUGAAUUGAAAUACUUAAUCUCCACAUAAAGCCAGCUCAGUGAUAAUCACCAUCCCUGUACAGAAAUGUGGUAUUACACAAAAAUAAAGUAUCAUGGCACGGUAAACUGCAAUGGUUUUCCCAUUCAUUCUUGCAUGGGCAGGCUCAACAUAAUGGCAAUAUUAAUCUGCAUUAGUUAUUGAUUACAAUGUCAGUUGCAUAAACAAAUGGUUUAUAAAGCAUGCACAAUA